AUUUUAAAUAACUUGGUGUGUGGAUGAUCUACUGGUUGGUUUGGUUGUUCUAUAUGUAUAUGAUAUGAUGAGAAUGUAUGAGUAAUUUUUGUUUUUGUUGAGUGGGCAGAUGAAAUCUAUCUAUCUAUGUUUAUGUUUAUUCAUUUCCUAUCAUUGUCUUCCUCGCGUAUCUUUUUUUCUAUGGGUGUUCCAUUUAUCAAGAUGUGCUCAACAAAGUCGCAGUCAAUCAUAUCCUCAUCGCCAGCUUCUGAUUCGGAUUCGACGGAAACCUCUUCACAGCGCUGUACAAUAUGUAAUGAAGAUAUUGGUUCCUCUCGUGGCGAUGGAGAAGUCGAAGUCGCAUUUAUACUUCCCUGUUCACAUGUCUUCGGUUCUACAUGUAUCUUGCGAUGGCUAGAAACAGAUUCGCCACAUCAAAAUUGUCCACAAUGUCGAAGAAAAAUGGUUUAUACGGAAUGUGGACAUUUGAUACGACCAUGUGAGGUGACCAGUGCUCCGAAGUGUGUGAAGGUGGCAGAUAUGCCAAAAAGGUGUUUAGCGUGUCGAGGUCUAGAGGGUGAACUUAAGACUGAGGUGGAGAUGUUAUUAAAGCGGGCCGAGGCGGAGCAAAGAGCUUUGAGGGCGAUGAAGCUGCAUUUUCCAGGCGUUUGGGGUGAGAUGUGUAGAGAGACCGUGCGGACUGUGGGGAAUAGAGUGGAGGAGUCGAAGGAAGUGUUGAAGCGAGAUAUUGAACGGCUUUGCCGGAAAUAUGAGGAGAGUGGAAAUAGGGAGCAAUGGUGAUUUACUCCUGGGAAUGGUGCGAUCGAUAUAUAUAUGGGAUAUAUCUCGAGGUUGGAAACACGAAUUAAUUGAUCGAUUCUGUGCGUGGUGCGAUAAAUGUUUACAUCCCGAAUGAGCCGAAAAGAGAAACAAUGGCAAUCGAUUCCCGCGAAUGGAGGCAUCCGGAUAUCCCGGAUCAGUCAUUCUCUUUCCAUAUCAUCAGCGAGGGUUUUUUGGUUGGAGGAUAAUCGUUAUUUGCAAUGCGAGAAUGUUGCGAGAAUGUCCAAUUCAACACGUCGAUUAAUAGAAUAGACAUUAAUUGUAGAGAAAUAGAAGCUCAUCAGACCCAUCUUCCGUAUUUGUAUCAUCGUGUUAUCACUCCACUCAAGCGUCUAUCCGUUCUAUCGUCUUCAUCACUACUGUCGUCCUUAAACCCUUCUUCUAAAUCUCGACUUAAUCUUCCACCAUCUUCAACUCUGCCUCUUCGGGCAUCAAGCGAUAAUGCUUCUCGUCGAUUAUCGUCCACAUCAAAAAGUUCCUCCCCAUCCUCAUCAUCAAAUUCAACACUAUCCUGUGCGCUUAUUCGAUUUCGAUUGAAGUCCGCUCUCCAUGAAUUGGGAAAUAUUGUUCUGACCACUGCAGCUUGUGCGCGUUGUCGUAAACCUGUAGUUCGUGUUGAGAUAGUAUCCAAUGGCAGGUAUUGACCAGCUCGCGCUCGAUAACGUUUCCAUACGGGAACAAUGACGAAUGAUAUCAGAAGGUAAAGAAUAAGAGAAAUGAUUGCCGGGACUAAUAAUGUCUGCGAAAACGAAUGUCAGCUUUGGUUAGUAGAGAAGGAGGUCCGAGGUAA